UAGCUAAAGAAGAAAAGUUUUGAUCUUGCUAGCAGUUAUUGAAGCAGAAUUUUAUUUCGAAAGAACUCUUCGGAACCCAAACAAACCUUCAAAUUAUUGAAUUUUAUUUUUUUGUUAAAAAAAGGAUUGAAUGAUUUGACUUUAAUUAAUCAAAUCAAAUUUGAGCUUCAUCAUAGUUUUGAAACAGCUUGUUAUUUUAUAUUUGAAGCCUUCCAAAGUCCAUUUUUGUGGCAAGAAGUAAGAAACUUGGUUUGUUGGAAGUUAAAAGGAAUGACCGAUUUGUAAGAAUUCGAAUCAUCGACUCAUUGGAUAUGAAUUUUUGAUUCAAAAUAAAGCGAUAUUUCUACUUGGAGAAACAAUGAAGACAUUUCACUUCUUUUGGAGUAUUGAAAAUAUAAGUUAUGCCUGGCACCAACCAGGGAGGCCGAUAGUUAGUCCGGAAUUCUGUUGCAAGCCGUUUGGAUUUACACUUUGGACUUUAGAAUUAUAUCCCAGAGGUGUAGAUAACAGUGAUUUCUUUAGUUUAAAUCUAUGCAGAAGCGAAGACGGUGGUCCCGAUAAUUUAUCUUUAAAUAUUAAAUUUUCUUGCAUGUCUACCGAUAGAUCAGAGCUGCAUUCUGUUUUCAUUCCCCAAACUUUUACAAAUUUUAAAAAUAAUGGAUUUUCCACAUAUGGGGAGGAGUGUUUUAUACAGAGAUAUGAAGUAUUAGGUCGAAAACGGGCUUUGUAUGUGCCACGAGACACACUUGAGUUGCGCUGCCAAAUGUGGCUGGCUGAUGGGAAUGCUCCUGAAUUCGACGAAUGUUACGGGUUCACUCGAUUGAUGGUACAGCGAAUACCGCGGAGGGAUGUUCAUAUUGAUUUUGAGAAUGCGCUUGAGAAAUCUUUUCCGAUUCAAUCCGUACGCAGAAAUAAUAAAACGUUGAUGGUCUUUAGCUUUAUACCUCAUGGUGAAGUGAUGGACGUGGGAAUAAUUCCAGUCACUGAAGAACUCAUGAAAUACUCUACUUGUAAAAUGUCCAUUGUGAACGAAAAGACGGGAAGAAAAAUAUUCGAUUGCACAAGGCAUUUCUUUGGCUGUCCAAAGAAAACUGAAUGGAGAUUUCCCUUUGUGGACAAGAUGCCGCCUGCAGAAAAAGAAAUUUCAGAAAAAUAUCAUUAUGAGAUUUCAGUCGAGUUAGCCUAUUCAACAGGCGAAGACCAAAAAGCAAUAGAGCAGAAUCGCCCAAUCAGAGCUCCAGAAUUUUUUUCGAAUUAUGUCGUUCGUUACACCCCCUAUGGACAAUUACAAGAUCUGUCAAAUGUUUCUGAUGAUUUGUGGAAAAUGUAUACAGAACAAGUUCUUUGUGACGUGGAACUGAAAAGUCGAAAUAAAUCCCUUUUUGCCCACCAAUUCGUGCUGUGUGCCCGUUCCACUGUAUUCUCGAUAAUGCUGAGCGGCGAAAUGAAAGAGAAGAUGGAGAGAUGCAUUGAGAUCGAAGAUAUUACACCUGAAUCUUUGGGAGAAUUCCUCAAAUUCCUUUACACCAAUUCCUUUACUUUUUUCACAUGGAAAACGCUCAUGGAGCUUUAUUACGCAGCUGAUAAAUACAGUAUAGAAAGACUGAAGCUUUUAUGUUGUUCUCAUUUUUUAAAGAAUAUCAAUGUUAAAAACGUUUUUGAAUUAUUAUUCCUGGCUGACAGGCAUCAAGAUAGCGAAUUGAGACGGAGGGUGGAUCAAUUUAUUUGGGAAAACGACGAGACGAUAUUUACUUCCUCUAGGUGGAAGCACUUAACUAUCGAGCAACCAAAGCUAGUUAUACAAACUAUGCUCUCGAAAUACAAUGAAAAAGUAAAUCAAAAUCCUCCUGGAACAUAUGAAAACAGGAUAUCUUUUGGUCUUGAUAUUCAUGACGAAUUCAAGUCCUUCUAUGAAAGUCAAAUGUUUUGUGAUAUUGUCAUCAAAACUGCAGGCACUAAAUUCCCCGCCCAUAAAACUGUCCUCUGUGCUAGUUCCUCUACUUUCAAGGAGAUCUUCACAAAGGAUUUGAAAGACGAACCAACUGAUCUUUUUGAGAUGACAGAUUUUGACGAUAAUACCGUUUCUCAAAUGUUGCUAUUUCUGUACACCGACUCUUUAGAAGAUCUGCAAUGGCAUACUGCUAUGAAGCUGUACGACUUGGCAAAUGUGUACAAAAUUCAAAGAUUGAAGAUUCACAUCUCGUGCUUCUUCCUGAAGAAUUUGAGGGUGCCAAUUGCCAGCAAUCUUCUGUUGUUUGCGCAUGAGCGCAGCGAUAAUGCGCUCAGGGCAGCUGUGGAAGAUUACAUUUUAUUAUAUCAUGAAGAGGUAUUUGGAUCCGACGAGUGGGCUAAAGUUGUCGAAACUAAUUCCGUUUUGGCUCUCGAAAUAAUGCAAGCAAAAUUUAGAAAAAAUAAGACUUGUUUAUAAUCAUUUUGCAAAUUUAAUAUAUAUUUCGCAGCAUUAUGUCUUCUAAUUUUCUGCUUAAAAAACGAUCUACAACUCGAGAAGGUUCAAGUUCUAACAAAUUUUAAAAACUUCAUUUAUUUGUAAAUCUUAAUGAUAUUUUAAUUUUCAAUUUCUAAUCAGACGAAUUUUCUAUUUUCUCCCUUUUUUUUAUUUUUUAUUGAAAUCGAAUAUUUUCCAACAAAAUAUUGUAUCAAAUAAUUUGUUAUUUAUUACUGUGACUGAUAUUAUGACAUUGAUCUGUCUUUUAUAAAUUCUAAAACAUUAAAUUAUUUGAGUUUAUGUGCAAAUAAAUUCUUAUUGGUUAUUA